AUGGAUAGUUAUUUUAAUGAAAUAAAACAUCAACAAUGUUUUAAUAGAGUUAACAUAAAAAGAAAAAAUUAUGAAGAAGAGAGUCAAGUUUUAAAGAAAAUUAGAACAACAUAUACAACAACCACAACUACUAAUACAAUAACUAAUACAACAACUAAUUCUUCAAAAUGUUUAUUUAAUGAUUUAUUUUCAGUGGAGUUAAUGGUUAAAAUAUUUGGAAUGUGUGACCCGUUUUCAACAGCAUUAAUACUUGUUUGUAAACAUUGGUAUAGUGUUUUAAUAAAUAACCAAUUAUCAUUAUGGAGGGAUUUAUCUGUUACAAUAUUUGAAAAGAAACCUGCAACUUUUACACCAAAAAGUGAUAGUAUCGUUUCUUUCUUUAAAAUGGGUUAUGGUAAAUCAUUACAUAAUUUUUCAAUUUCUUCAACAUUUUCAAAUAAAAAUAAUAAUAAUAACAACAACAAUAAUAAUAAAAAUACCAACAACAAUAACAAUAAUAAUGAUAAUAAUAAUAACAAUAAUACCUUAGUAACACCAACAUUUAAUAAUUAUACAAGAAGAAAUUCAAGAGAGUUGUUUUUAAAUUUAAAUAACCAAAAAAAUAACAAUAACAAUAACAACAACAAUACUACUACCAAUAAUAGUAUGUUUGAAAAUACACAACAUUGUAAUAUUGUAAAAUUUACCAAAGAAAUAAGUGGCCACUUGUCAAAUUGUUUCAAUUUAAAGAGUCUUGAACUUAUAUUACCAUUGACAAAUGAAGAGAUGUACAAAAUAGCAACCAACUGUAAAUAUAUAAAACAAUUAAGUUUCAAUACUUUACUUAUAAAUGAUAAGGGUUUAAAGAAAUCAUUUUCUGUAAUGAAAAAUUUGGAUAGUCUUGCAUUGAUUGCAUCUGGUCAUGCAAAUUUAGAAUUCAUUAAAAGAUUAGAUAAACCUUGGACUCCAAUGUCUACCAUUUCACCUCACUCAUUAAAUAGUAUUGCAACAUUAUUACCAAAUCUAAAAAGUUUAAAAUUUUCACUUUUACCAAAUAUUGGAAAUCAUAAAGAAUUAUCAACUACCGAUAUAAUUUUAAGGCAACCAAAUGAUAAUGAUAAUAAUAAUAAUAAUAAUUUAAAUAAUGUAAACAAUAAUGAAAAUAGUAUAAUAAAUAAUAUAAAUAAUAUAAAUAAUAAUAAUAAUAAUAAUAAUAAUAAUAAUAAUAAUAAUAAUAAUAAUAAUAAUAAUAUUAAUAAUAAUAAUAAUAAUAUAAAUAAUAAUAUAAAUAAUAUAAUUAAUAUAAAUAAUGAAAACAAUAUAAAUAAUAUAAAUAAUAUAAAUAAUGUAAAUGAAAACAAUGUAAAUAAUAAUAUAAAUAAUAUAGAAAAUAUAAAUAACAAUAAUAUAAAUAUAAAUAUAGAUAUAAAUAUAAAUAAUAAUAAUAAUAAUAAUAAUGAAGAAAUAAUGCAAGAACAAGAGGUACAAGAAGAAAUAAUGGAAAUUGAAAAUAAUAAUAUAAACCAAGAAUUAAAUAAUGAAAUGGAAAUUGAAUUGCAACAAAACCAACAACAACAACAAGAACAACAACAACCUCAAUUAGAAGAUAUAAUGCAAAUUGAAGAAAUAUCAAAGAUUAGACCAAAGAUAUUUAAUCCAUUUACAUCAUUAUUAAAAUUAAAAGAAUUAAAAGAAUUAGAAUUGAUGAAUUGCAACGUACCAAAUGAAUUAUUGGUAAGAUGUGCAUUGAAUGACGAAUCAAAGAUUGAAAGAUUGGUAUUGUAUAGAAAUUCAUUAUUGACCGAAUUAAAGUUUUCAUGUAAUACAUUGAAGUAUCUUAGUUUGUCAUGUCUACCAAUGCUUCAAUCCAUUGAGAUUAAUUGUUGUUCCUUGUUAGAGUUAUCAUUGGAAGGUUGUGAAAGUUUACAAUCUACAACCAUUUGGUGUCCAUCUUUGACCGCACUUUCAAUCGAGAGUUGUACUGGAACUUUGGUGAUCGAUUGUGCAAGUAAACUAAAGUCUUUGUCUUUGUUUGAAUGCAGAGACAUUGACGAGAAAUCCCUAAACAAGAUUGUCGAUAGGUUACCAAACCUAAGAGAGUUUUAUGUAUAUUUGGAGCGUGUAGAAAAUUUACGUAUUUCCUCAAAUACCCUUGGGAAAUUGGAUAUCGAGGCAUGGAGUGGCAUUAGAUCUUGUGUUUUGGAUUGUCCAAAUCUAAAAGAGUUUAAAGCAUCCGAGUCUUCAAUCGAUACCCUUUACCUCAAGGCUAAUCAUAUCAAUAGUAUAGAAUUGGAUUUCUGUGACUCUUUACGUACGGUCCUCGUUGAUCUUUUAUCUUGUCAAACAUUUUCUUUUACUCAAAAUCAUCCAACUUCCUCAAACUUUAAUGUUGACUUAAAUUCUUUACAUUUAGAUGACCCAAAUUAUAAUAUUUCAGAGAAAGAUGAUGAAACCAGUGGUGGUGGUAGUGAAGAUUGUUUCCUUUCUCCAACUUCUUUAUUCCUUCAAUCUCAAUUAUUCAUUAAAAACUGUACAAUUUUAAGUGGUAAUAUUGUUGGUAGAUUGGGCUCAAACUCUGUUGAUGCACUUUCAGUAGAAUUAAAAUCAUUAAGUACUUUUUCUUAUGAUAUUAUCAAAAUUCACAGAUUAAAUACAUAUAGAGAAGCUAAAACUUCAAGUGGUAGCAUUAGAUUUGUCCCAAUUGGCUAUAAACAACAACCAACUCAACCAAAUUUUAAAUAA